AUGUUCCCAAAUAUUUCAAUCUUAAAUGAAGAGAUUAAUGAAGAUUAACCUCGUUUAAUUGCUUUAUCAUAUACAGAUAUUAAAAAGUUACUGUCUCCUCCACCAGUCAAGAUUUAAUCUGAAAUUGUUGUUGAAAGAUCUAAGGCUAAAUCACAUACACAUGGAUUAAUUGAAUCAAAAGGAGCUGAAUAAUAUCUUAUAAAAGUCAUAUAAAACAAUGAUUUAGCCGAAAUAUCAAAUUUAUUAGAUGAAGCAGAGAAUAUCAAUAUUUAUACAAUUAUUGAUCAUAAAAAAUACACUCUACUUCAUUUAGCUGCAUAUAACAAUAAUUUAGAUACUGUUAAGUAUUUAUACAUUAUUAUCUACAUUUAGGUUGUUAAUUAAUCAUGUCAAAAAAUAACAUAAACAUAAAUAUAUGAAAAUACUUACAGAAUGGGUUAAUUAAUAAACAGAAGAUGGAUUUGUGGCAUUUCAUUUUGCAGCAUAUAGAGGUAAUAUAGAAAUGAUAAAUGAAUUUGAAAAAUGUGGUGCUAAUUUAUAUAUUAGAAAUGCUUAAGGAAUGAAUGGAUUACAUUUAGCAGCUUAAGGUGAUUAACCAAAAUCAGUUGUUUAUUUUAAGAAAAUUGGUUUUGAUUUUGCAUAAAAAGAUUCAAAAGGAGGGACAGCAUUACAUUGGGCAUCUUAUUAUGGUUGUGAAUUGGCAGUCAAUUAUUUAUUAUCCUUUACAGAUUAAUUAUUGGAUAUUAAAGAUGUAGAAGGUUUAACUGCACUUCAUUUAGCUACUAUGAGUGGCAAUAGUAGAAUAGUUAAAAAAUUAUUGCUUUAAGGAGCUGAUAGAACAAUUAAAAAUAAUGAAGGAUAAAUUGCUGCUGAUAUUGCUAAAGCAAAUUCUUUUUAAUCCAUUUAUAAAAUGCUUACAGAAUCAUAAAACUUUUUUAUUACUUAUUUUAGUAUUAGUUAAGGAUUCUAAAAGGUUAAUAGAAGUAAAGGUAAAAUGUUUAAAUUUGCUGUUAUGUUAAUAUAUUGUUAAGGAAUUACUAUUUAUUAUAAUUUUUAUGCAAAUGAUUCAAUUAAUAAUUUGAUUUACUAUGGAGUCUCACAAUUAUUUGUUUGGUUAUUAUUUAUGAUAAUUUGGUUAAGUGAUCCUGGUAAAUAAAUCUUAAAAUAAGAAAAUAAUGAAUAAGAACUUCUGAAAAAUUUAUAUGAUAUAUUAUAAAGAUAUGAUGCCAAAGACAUAUGUCCUGAAUGUGUUUGUGUUAAAGCUCCAAGAUCUAAACAUUGUGAUAUUUGUUAAUCUUGUGUAUUAGUAUAUGAUCAUCAUUGUCCUUGGGUUGAUAAUUGUGUAAUAAUUAAUUCUAUUAUAAGAUAGGAUAAAACAAUCAUUUUUAGUUUUACAUAUUUGUAUUACUUCUUUGUUUGGAUAUCACUUUUACUUUGGCAACUUAGUUUUAUUUUGUCAUUUAAUAAAUUCAUAACCAUGGAGGCAUAAAAGAUUCAUUUAUUAUUCUUUUUAUUCUAUCCUUAUUUUCCAUCAUAAUUAUGCUUUUAUUUCUCUUCCCUCUUUGGCUUUUAUUAUACAUUUAAACAAUGAAUUUAUUAACAGGAUAAACAACUUAUGAAAAGUAAUAUUAAUAAUUUAUAAUCAUUAGAUAUUCAUAAUCAAUAAAAAAGUCUAAUAGUUAAUCAAAUAUAUCUUGCAAUAAUUGUCUAUAAAUGUGUUGUUAUAAUAAAAUAAAUAGUUAAGAUAAGAAAAAAUAAAACCAUUAAUCGAUGUAAUUAUAUGACUCAAAUUAAAAUUGA